GUCAGUAAACCGACGAGUUAGUGGGGAACGGAACCAAAUGUCCUUAGGUUGCGCGUUACACCCGGACGUAGUUGUGUGCGACAGUAACGUGGAGAUCUGUUUUUAUUAAGUCAGUAAAUCCACUAUCUCUCGGUUUCUUUCAAAUGGCUGCUAAAAGCCAAAUAUGCUCAAUAUGGCUCGGGUCUGAAACUGGAAUAUUAAAAGGGGUAAGUUUAACCAAAAAGCAGGCGUUUAACUUUUGUGAGAUGAGCUGCUUGAGUCGAGAUCAGGAGGUGUGUGUGAUGGCGUGGGGAGACCCUCACGAGUCAGAGGUGUUAGUGGGCAGUGUGAACGGCACUGUGAAGACUUUCAGCACAGACAAGGGAAUCUUCACAGCGAGCAGAGAGUGUGGAGAUCCUUCACAGGGCAGAUUCACAGGACUGGCUGUCACUGACAGUUCAAUGAUUACAUGUGUGGAGUCAGGACUGCUGAAGGUUUGGAAGGAAGGAAGCACAGAAACCGUUGAGGUAAAUGUUGGAAAUGGAGUAUGCAGAAUGCAACAGAACCAAUCACAGCGCCAUCAUGUGGCCACAGGGGGUAAAGAGAACCCACUGAAAGUCUGGGAUCUAGAGAGACCAGAUAAGCCAAUAUUCACAGCCAAAAAUGUUGCUCAUGACUGGUUGGAUAUGCGAGUGCCCGUGUGGGUGAGAGACAUUGGCUUCAUCCCAGAUUCAGAUAAAAUAGUCACAUGCACUGGACACCAUCAGGUGCGUGUGUAUGACCCCUCGACGCCUCAGAGAAGGCCGGUGUUGGAGGCUCAGUUCGGAGAGUACCCGCUCACAGCACUCUCUCUUCCUGCCAGCCAGGGCACAGUGGUCGUGGGCAACACUCACGGGGAGCUCGCCAUCCUUGACCUCCGGAAAGGGCUUGUGUGUGGGUGUCUUAAGGGUCUGGCAGGGGCAGUGCGGGGGCUGCAGUGCCAUCCUUCCCUCCCAUUGGUGGCCUCUUGUGGUUUAGAUCGUUUUCUGAGAGUACACAGCCUGGAGGACCGGUCCUUACAGCACAAGGUAUAUCUGAAGUCACGACUCAAUUGCGUACUGCUGUCUAGCAGAGAACUGGAGUCAUCAAAUGCUGAUGUUAGUGGAGAUGUAGAAGAGGUGAAAGCAGAGGAAGAUGAGGUUUGGGAUACCAUGGAAACAGUGACGGAGAAGGCAAAAAAGAGGGCCGCCCAGAAAGACGAAGCAACUGUUACUGGAGUAGAUGCAAACAAAGAAAAGAAAGCUAGUAAAAAAAAAAAAAAAGUGAUGUAAAGUGAUUUCUAAUGGACAUUUUUAUAAUUUUAUACACAGUUUAUCAUGUCAUCAGUAAAGCUGCAUCAGCAGUGGCCAAGAAGAAACUUAAGCCUGAGAGACUGACUGUAUAAUAUGGAUAUAUAUUAAUAGGUGCAGAUCGUUAUUUUUGCCCAUAAAGUGAAUUUACAAAUGAGAUGAUCUAAAAUGUGAUAUUCAAAUUACAUUUUAAAUGUGUAAAAAAAAACUCAAGUUUAUGUGAAAACGAUCACUGUAUUAAACACAAUUUAAUGAAGAGUCUGUAUAUCAUAAACACAGAAUCUUUCAAAAACAUGUUUUCAUCGUUUUCUGGCAAUCAACUGACUUGAUUUAACAUGUAUCACUAAACUGGCACACAUAUUAGUACUGUGCACUUCAGAAAAUAUUUCCUACAGAAGUUUUAUGUUAAAGCCUCUACAAUACUACUUUAUGUGAAGUUAAAAUUCUCCCCACGUCCUAUUUGUAGUAUCCUUUUCAUAAUUAUUUUAUUUUUGUUUUACAGAGACAAGAAUAGAAACUUGAAUCUGUGCUGCUCUGGUCCUUGACUUGACCUUGAAUGACUUGUGCUUGUGUGGGUGUGUGUAUUACACAUUGCGUUAUGAACACUUAAACACACCCUAUUCUAGCGUCUGAUAAGAUAAGGUACAUCUUGGUUAGCACAGAAACUGUCGACUUUGUAAAUGAGAAUGUUAAUAGCUCUACAUCUAAAAAAACGUAACAUUUGCCAGCACAGUUCUGUUAUAACUACUAUAAAAAUGUUGUCCAAACUUCCUGUAGGGUACAUUUUUUUUCUUAA